UAUUCAUCAAGAAAGAAAAUGCAGACAAGUUCUUGGAAAGAACAAAACGUGCAAACUCUUUUUUGGAGGAACUUAAGAAAGGCAAUAUUGAAAGAGAAUGCAAUGAGGAACGCUGCUCAAAAGAAGAAGCAAGAGAAGCCUUUGAAGACCAGGAAAAAACUGAGGAAUUCUGGAACGUCUAUGUAGAUGGGAACCAGUGCAGCUCAAAUCCUUGUCACUAUGGUGGACACUGUAAAGAUGGAAUUGGUUCCUACACUUGCUCGUGCUUGGAUGGUUAUCAAGGCAAGAACUGUGAAUUUGUCAUACCAAAGUACUGCAAAAUAAACAAUGGUGACUGUGAGCAGUUCUGCAGCAUCAAAAAAAGUGCACAGAAGGAUGUUUUGUGUUCUUGUGCAAAAGGGUAUGUUCUAGCAGAGGAUGGCAAACGCUGUGUUUCAUCAGUAAAAUAUCCUUGUGGAAGAGUUUUUGUGAAAAGAAAAAAAAGGUCGGUUAUUUUAUCUGCUGAUAAUAGCAAUGUAACUAGUGAUGAAGAUAUUUUACGUGCUGGUAACAGCAGUGUAACUAGUCAUGAGGAUGUCCCUCCCACAAAUGGAACAAGUUUGGAGGAGGACAUCGUUACUACCACAGAAAGCCCAACCGCCCGUCCUGGCAAUGGAACAAGUAGCAAGACUCCAUAUGUCAUUACCAGGAUAGUAGGUGGUGAUGAGUGUCUUCUUGGCGAAUGUCCGUGGCAGGUAAAUCUGGUGUUUGUGCGCUGCAUGUAA